CAGGAGUGUAAGUGUCAUAUUGCAGAUGGAACUUCUCUUAAGGAUCUCUGCUCUGAGAAGUUCUUUUGGAGCUAUUUGUUUUCAUGAGGUGUAUAAUAUCUAGAUGCCAUUCCAAAAUUCUAAUUAUGGACUUGUUUUCAGCUGUGUCAAGUUCCUGAUCUUGCUGUUGAGUUUUGAAGACUCUUCUAUUGGAUAACUUGUGUAUUUUUGAUAGAGUUGCCUGGGGUUGGAAGCACUUUUAAUCCCCUUUGGGUAGUUAUUUUUUGCUUGCUUUGUGUAGCUAAGAUUAAUUCUUUAAAACAAUAAAGUUAAUAUAGAAGUUAUUAUAUUAUUUGUUAAACAAAUAUGAAGCUGGUAUGUUUAUAGUAAAUCAUUUACUUAAUCAUAUAGGUUUGUAUAGAUCUGUUGACAAUAUAUAUUCCUACACAAGAUUUUUACUUUCUAAGAUAGGCAUGCGCAUACAUGUUGAAUUUGUUGCAAAAGUACUCGAAUUUUCUUGACUUCUCAAUUUAGGUCUUAUAAGCCAGAUGCUAUUUGGCAAUAUAGAUCUCGAGAUGGAAGUUGGCAAUUGAUUUGUUUCCUGUGAUGAGGUGGUGUUCUUGAUGAGGUGGUGUUAAUUCAGGAAGGUUCAUUGUAAAUGUUCGAUGUAGACGAGAACCCAAGCCCACCUGGGUUUGUCGUGAACUCAGGACGAACCCACCCAGGUUGCGCUGGGUUCGUCGGGAACCCAGGCACGAGCUGGGUUGGUCCUGGGUUCGUGAAGAACCUAGCGUGCACCUGGGUUCGUCAAGAACCCAAGAUGAAUCCACCCAAGCCUGGGUUCUUCACGAAUGCAUCAACAAUGAAUCCAGGUCACACCUGGGUUUGCGACCUGGAUUGGAGCUGGGUUUGCCUGGAGAGUGAUGUGGAGGGAGACGUGGAGGGUAUCAUUAAAUCCACGUAAGCAGCUUUUACAUAUUGGCAUACCCACGUCAGCUGUUCCAGU